CUCCUCCCAUCUCUUCCAGUGGUUUGCUCCUCUCUCCAGCUGAUCGGCCCGUCGUCCCCAGUGGCUCUGUCCGUCGUCGGCUUUGACUGGCCCUGACACCCGCUGAGACUGGAUUAAUUUUACGUGUUCACCAGCCGCUCGUGUCGGCAGAGCUACUAAUUUUCGGCUGAAACUCUUAAGAAUUACUCCGACCCGAGUAGGGACUUCUAAAGCCGGGGCUAGCUGAGCGCAAACAGGAGGCCUUCACUCCAUCCACGGAUUCACCUGCUACGCGACAGCUUGUCACGGAAGUCCGAUAUGGGGGACACCGGGAGCGAGGGUAGCAAGGGUCCAAGCAACGUCAACGUUUUACCCCCGCGCUGCCCGUGCGGGUUCUGGGGGUCAAGCAAAACUAAGAAUCUGUGCUCUAAAUGUUUCGCAGACACUGAGAAGAAACAGCCAAACGAUGAUUGUGCCCCAAAGACCUCUUCAAGCACCAGCAGCAGUCAAACGGACAUCUUCUGUACUGAAACAAACAGCAUUAGUCAGUCCCUGAUGUCAAGAUCCAACACUUCAGAAGAACCUUCGCCAGGAGAGACUGGAGUGGCAUCUGUUCAUAUUCAGAAUGGACUAUCCAACACAGAUACUGUCUUGGCUUCACUUUCCACCCCCACAAAGCGCUCAUACGAAUCUGCCUCAGAGUCAGAAAGUGACUCUUCACCAGAGAAGCGAGCCAGGGUGGCUGAGGUCCCAGAGGGUGAGGAGUGUUCAUCGUCGUCAUCAUAUUUGUCAUCUUCGCCAUUUUCUUCUCGCAGCGGCUCUAAACAGCGGAGCCGCAAACGUUGCCAUCGCUGCCAAACUAAACUGGAGCUGGUACAGCAAGAACUGGGCUCCUGUCGCUGUGGCUUCAUCUUCUGCAUGCUCCAUCGUCUUCCUGAGCAACACGAUUGUCUCUUUGACCACCAGGGGCGCGGCCGUCAGGAGGCUGUGCUCAAGAUGGUCAAGCUGGACCGUAAAGUGGGCCGCUCGUGCCAGCGCAUCGGGGAGGAGUGUUCAUGAGCAGCAAUUCUCCCCAGAGGAGUGUCAGCACUAACAGGGAUAUGAUUUUUUUCCUUUUCUUUAAUUCUUCAGGGUUUUUGAAGUUUUUUUUUUUUUUUUUUUGGAUACAAACCUAAAUUUGGUCCAUUUUAAAAUUGGCUCACUUUCCAAUUUUCCCCUGCUCCUCUUGGUCUGAUCAUAUCCCUUUUGCUAAGAUGCCUGUUGCAAGUAAAAUAAAUUCGAUGAGAGGAACAUUUGAGAAAAGAAAUUAUAAUUUUUUUGAGGAGCACUUGACUACAAAUCUAUGAAUGGUGUGAAAGUAUAUAAAGGGAUGUCAAGUUGAAAUAGCUCUUAUGUUUGUGUUGGAAACCAGACUGUACUCUUUACCUCAGAAAAAAAGAAUGAUCAGGAGGAGAAAAUGGAGAAAGAAUUGGUCAUACUUCUUGCACACUUUGGCUUUGGCGCUGUUUCUAGACUGCUCUUUACCUCAGAAUCCAGACCAGAGCAUCUUUGUACCCUGCGCCAAGUAUGGACUUUGUGAGGCUAGCUAGUUAGCCAGCCUCGGUUCAAGUCACGUCUAACCCACACUGACCAUCCAGCUCUUACAACCCUGACCCCUUCAGAAA